AUGAAAGCCUACCCUUCCGCAUCUACCGCCACAAUGCCUCAGAGGUGCGGAGCGAGCCUUAUGUUUAACAUGUAUUUCUCAGAUCAUGCAGAGAAUUUACUGAAGGAUAGUAAAGGUUCCUCGUGGAGUCCCCUCAGUACAGGCGUUCAGAAAGGCAGCGGACAAAUCCAGCUGUGGCAGUUUCUGCUGGAGCUCUUGGCCGACAGCUCGAACGUGUCGUGCAUCGCGUGGGAGGGCACGAACGGGGAAUUCAAGCUGAUCGACCCGGACGAGGUGGCGAGACGCUGGGGCGAGCGGAAGAGCAAACCCAACAUGAACUACGACAAGCUGAGCCGCGCGCUGCGCUAUUACUACGACAAAAACAUCAUGACCAAGGUCCAUGGAAAGCGCUACGCCUACAAGUUUGACUUUCACGGCCUGGCUCAGGUGUGUCAGCCCUCCUCGACUGAACAGGCUCUGUACAAGUUCCAGAGCAACUUCGCUCCUAUCCCGUUCUCGGGUCUUUCCAAACUCAACCUUGUGGCCCCGAGCGUCGGGCCUUCGGGCUUUUCCUACUGGGCUGGAUCUCCCGCGACUCUUUACCACAGCCACAACCUGCAGCCGUCGGCGCCGUUCGGAGCGGUAUCAGCUUCACACAUAAGCUGUGUUAACAAUAUUAACAAUCUGAAUAACAUAAAUAAUCACUACAACUGAAAGUUUUAGGAAGACCGCAAGACUAUAGUCUAAUGCAAGACUACGCAAACUAAUGCAGUGAGCUCUUCAGUUUGGGAACAUAAGUCGAUUUGCUACAAAUGUGUAACAGCAGUUUAUCACAGCAUCCGAAAAGGCAGGUGACAGUUUCUCUUGUAAAAACCUAGUCUUAGAUGAAAUAAACACGAUAACUAGACAUUCUUUUUGUAAAAUCCAUUUUUAUCUAGGGCUGACGAUCAAAACGCCCUUUAGUAACCAUCAACAAUGUGGGUUAAAGUAAUCUGGCGCCAUCUUAUGGAUAACAAAUAUUAUCAAUCUGUUGUCAUUUGCACGUUACCAAUUAAAAAUAACAUAUAGGACACUAGAUUAUUGAUGAACGUACCAUCUUUCACGCGCGUUAUGGGUCCGUGUUAUUUACCCACAACGUCCCUUAAAAUGAAGAUCGUACAUCCGGGUUCAUUUACGAUGGAGACUAAUCCACAGGGUCUAUUUUUCCAACCUUACAUUUAUCACUAAGCACAUUAAAAAAUAUAUUUUUCAACAUUUCAAAGUAAAACCAUAAUUUACUCUGCAGAAAUAAAAAAAAAUGUUUUGGGUCCAAUUUAGCUUUGUAACAUAAAUAAUUUUGCCUCUUAAAAUAUGGUUAUGAAUAUUUUAUGGGUUUUGUAGUUAGGCCCAUUUAACCUACUUUUAAGCAGCUGUUCAGAAAUUAAUGUGGAGUUCGUCUUCAGUAGGGAAUAAUCUUUGUAAAACGGUUUUGAUUAGUUCCCUAAUUAUAUAAUAUGUCAGAUGUCAAGGCAAAUAAUAUAAACGCAGGCUUCAUAAAGGGAUUAGUUCAUAUCCAUUAAGAUCACGUAAGAAUUUUAAUAAAGAAAAUUUGAGCUAUUCCAAUGACUUAUGUCUGUUUACCUUCCACUGGCGGGAUAUUUUAGAGUAGUCCAUAACUAAACGGAGCUGGUCGAAAUUUGGUUUUGAUAGGGAAGCACAAAUAAUUAACAAGAAGCGUUCACGGGCCGGUUUUGCACGAUAUUAACGGGGAAACUGAAAAAUACACCAACAGAUGCUAUUCGUUUUUGCCUAUUACUAUUAAUAUUAAUAUUACUAUUAAUAUUACUAUUACUAUUACUCGAUCUGUUGUCUACUAACGCACGCACAAACGACAGGUUAUUAUUAAGAAAAAAAAAAA